CUUUUCUUGAACAACAGAAAACGAAAUGGCAGCUGCUUCUUACGUACUUGCGUUUCUCCUUUUGCUCGCAUUCUCUGGUGUAGUUCUUUCUGAAAGUUGUACAUAUUCGAUAGCAAUAAAAACCGGAUCGAAAAGAGCUGCAGGAACCAACGCCAAAGUAAGCCUGAAAUUCUCCAACUUGGAGGAUCCCCCCAUAAACCUUCAGAACAUCGCGAAAUAUGGUUCAAAUGGACCUGGCUAUGACUACUUUGAAAACGACUAUUUAGACCAUUUCAAAUAUACAGGACUAUGCUUUACUUUUCCAGUAUGUUAUAUCAAAUUAAGCCAUGAUAACGGUGGUUACAAGCCUGGCUGGUACGUUAACUAUGUCGAUAUCUACGCCUCCGGAAGUUCAAUAACGCCUACAGGAAAACGCUUUGAUGUGUAUCAGUGGCUUGCUUUUGACGAGGCACCAUAUGAGAUAUCUACUAUUAGAGAUUUAUGUGUUGAUGAACUGAAAAGUGUUGGCGGGAUUGAGUCUGUUGUUAAUGGGACCAUAUAAGUGUCCUUACUUAUAAUUUCCACAUCUACGCUUGUGGUGUUUAUAUCUUCCUUUGUGUAAGCUUAUUAAUAUAUAAUAUUUGCAUCUACACUAAUUUGAUUUCAA